AUGGGGACACGCGCGGUGGCCUUGGGGACGCUGCUGCUGCUGCUGGGGGACGGGUCCCCAAGAGGAGGGGACGCGACGCCAGGGCCAGGGGACAGGUCCCCAGGAGGAGGGGACGGGUCCCCAGGAGGAGGGGACGGGUCCCCGAGGGGAAGGGACAGAUCCCCGGGGACAGGGGACAGGUCCCCAGGAGGACACGGGGCCCCAGGAGGAGGACACGGGUCCCCAAAAGGAGGGGACAGGUCCCCAAGGGGAGGGGACAGGUCUGCAGGGACUCAGGACACGUCCCCGGGGACGAUUCCCACCCCACCAGAGACAGGGGACAGGUCCCCGGGGACAGGGGACAGGUCCCCGGGGACAGGGGACAGGUCUCCAGGGACAGGGGACAGGUCCCCAAGGACAGGGGACAGGUCUCCGGGGACAAGGGACAGGUCCCCGGGGACAGGGGACAGGUCUCCAGAGACAGGGGACAGGUCCCCAAGGACAGGGGACAGGUCUCCGGGGACAGGGGACAGGUCUCCAGGGACAGGGGACAGGUCCCCAAGGACAGGGGACAGGUCUCCGGGGACAGGGGACAGGUCCCCAAGGACAGGGGACAGGUCUCCGGGGACAAGGGACAGGUCCCCAAGGACAGGGGACAGGUCCCCAAGGACAAGGGACACGUCCCCGGGGACGUCCCCCGGUCCAGGAGUGGCCGAGGAGGAGCCUUGGGGACAUCGGGGACACCGCGAGCCAGGACACGUCCGGGGCCACCAGGAACAGCGACAGCCACGGUUGGGGACACUCGGAGGAGCCGCGGGAGUGGCCGUGACACCGGGGGGGACGUCCCGGGCCCGGGGCGCUGCCACCGUGUCCCCGUGUCCCCGAUGUCCCCAACCUGUCCCUGUGUCCCCACCCCGAUGUCCCCAACCCGUCCCGAUGUCCCCAACCUGUCCCCUCCUGUCCCAAUGUCCCCACCCCGAUGUCCCCAACCUGUCCCAAUGUCCCCAACCUGUCCCAGUAUUCCCAACCUGUCCCUGUGUCCCCCCCCCCGAUGUCCCCCCCCGAUGUCCCCCCCCGUCCCCAGUAAAGGUGGAGCUGCAGCGUCUAUUUGGGGGGGUCCUUACCUGUCACUGGUCCCGCUGA